AUGCAUGCACAUCUGGCUGCCCAAGAUGAUGAUAUGUGGUAUGUCAUCACAAAUGGUCCCAUGAAGAUUCUAAAGGUCAGCACAACCACAACUACAACUGAGGGUGCUCCUGUGAUGAAGGAGAAGCCCAAACACGAGUGGACUGCUGAAGAUAAGAGGAAGGUAAACCUCGACAAUGUGGCCAAAGAUAUUAUCUACAAUACGUUUGACAAGAACAUGUUCAGCAAAAUCAAGUCAUGUUCUACCGCCAAAGAGAUUUGGGAAAAGCUGACUCAACUAUGUGAAGGCAACAACCAAACUAAAGAAAAUAAGUUGAUGGUUGCCACACAUAAGUUUGAUAACAUCAAGAUGCGUCCUAGAGAGACAAUGACUGAAUUCGAUGAAAGAUUUAGUAGCAUAGCCAUUGAAAUCUCAACUCUGGGAAAGACAUACAUCAAUAGAGAGAUUUUCAUCAAAGUUAUGAGAGCUUUACCUAGAGAAUGA